UGCCUCGGUUGUAGGCUACUCGAGGAGGAUUCAUUCAUAAGACAAAAUCUGCUUGUUUGUACCGUAAUUCUGCCGUGCAUCCGCCGGGUCGUGCCGCCGAACGGACUUUAUGGAUUUAUCGGGCUUCGGAUCGCAGUAGUUUGAACGCCGGGAAAAGACGGUAAAGACUCGUUCGCAACGAUUUCUCCCCCGCUUGUUGGUCGCGGGCAAGUGGAUUAAGGCUUCUUCAUGCAACUUUUUUGGAAAGACACUAGGAGCUCCUCGCCCGGAAACAGCAAAAAGACAAGUAACGGUGCCAAGCUCUCUCUCGGCCCCCGCGGGGAGAUGUACCAAGGGUUCCCCGGCGACCCCGACAGUGGUUCCCGUGGUAGCUCGUCCCCCUCCAUAGAGUCCCAGUACCUCUCCUCCGUGGACUCCUUCGGGAGCCCGCCGACCACCAGUGCUCCCCAGGAGUGUGUGUCAGCUGCAGCUGGCUUGAGCAUUGUGGACAGCGGGCCAGGAUCCAGCAGUGGAGGGGAGAUGCCCGGCUCCUUCGUGCCGACCGUCACUGCCAUCACCACCAGUCAGGACCUGCAGUGGAUGGUUCAGCCAACCCUCCUCACCUCCCAGGCCUCAGGGCAAAGCAGCACCACCGGACCCUCCACCAUGACCCGGCCCGUGUCAGUGGUUGACCCGUAUGACAUGCCGGGCCCGAGUUACUCCUCCGGGUCCGCAUUCACUCCUCCAAGUUCCGACACCCCUGGCCCGGCACCGGGCCCCAUCCGCCAGUCCAGAACCCGUAGCCGCCGCACCAGAGAAGAGUCUGUGAGUGAAGACGGAGAUGUUGGUGUGUUACUGACUCCAGAGGAGGAGGAGAAGCGACGUGUUCGUCGGGAGAGGAACAAACUGGCCGCUGCCAAAUGCAGAAACCGUCGACGGGAGCUCACAGACAGGCUGCAGUCGGAGACGGACAUCCUUGAGGAAGAGAAGGCCGAGCUUGAGGCAGAGAUUUCUGAGCUGCAGAAGGAAAAAGAGCGCUUGGAAUUUGUCCUGGUGGCCCACCAGCCCAAUUGCAAGCUCCUGUACCAGGAGCAGCCUCAACCAAGCACGGCGCAGCUCCCUACCCAGACCUUACAAGCCCCCACCUCCAUUGUGGACUUGGCUGUGAAAGAAGACUCUUUCUAUCUGCCUCCUGCCUACACGGGCCACCCGGCCUCCACACAGUCGCAGAUUCGACCACAGCAGCAGCAACAAGUCCAACAGCCUCAGCCAGGAAUGAUACAGGAGGUAGAGUUUUCUUGUUCUUUCUAUGGCCCAGGUGAGGCAGCGGCACCUGGCGGGCCGUGCCUCAUGGCCAGCGACGGUGGUGGUGGUGGUGGUAACCAUGACGAUGCAGGCAUUACCAGCCACAGCACUUCAUACACAUCUUCAUUUGUGUUCACCUACCCAGAGGGAGCCUGCGGGGUCAGUGCCAACCAUCGGAACAGCAGUAGCGAGCAGUCAUCCGAUUCCUUGAACUCGCCUUCCCUGCUGGCGCUCUGACUGACCGACCAAACUCGCGCAUACCUAAACGCUCGCUGAGCACGGGGCGGACUGUCCCCGCAUUGGGUUAAAGAACAAAAUUAAUGUGCGUUGCAAGAGAGAGAUGGAUUCAAAUAGCAAACGUCAAUCAGACACAAAAGAUACAGAUUAUACUCGGUUUUCAGUGAGCUGCCAAAAAUUGCACCGGUGCCCCCCACCUUGUUCCCUCUGAGGGUCUUUCAUCCCCUCUUCCAUCCCUCCCCUUCCAACCUCCGCUUUUGCCCAGUGCCCAGAGGAGAGAUACUCACUGCUAAUCCUUCAUCCGCCCAACUGCUCCUCAGCUUCCUCAUGCUUGGAAGUCUGCGAUCGCUGCGUUGUUACAAUUCCUCUGCAGUGGCAGCAUCUGUUUCUCCUCUUUUGUCUCUUGUGUUUCUCCCCCUCUCUCUCCUUGAAGUCCUCCACACCCGAGAGCCCGAAGACCCCUCCAGCCCUUGGGACCUUGAGUGAAUGGCCUGGCCCCCAACCUGACAGUCACACACCUUAACCUCUCUGUCUGGACCUGGACCGUGGUUCUGCAGGGUGUUCCUAACAAGCAUACCCUUCACUGGGAGCCGCAGCUGGACAAUUAGAUGCACAGUUGAUGCUUAAAAAGCAAAGCGGACGUCUUCAAACAAGCCAUUUCGCAAAAACGAUGAAUACGAGACAUGUUGAGUGUCUCUGGGGAGAUGCUUUUGUUGUUGUGAGCCAAAUGCAAAUCAAGCAAAACAAAAAAAAAACAAGUAAAAGACCUUCCAGGUCAUGGUUAUCUGUGAGGUUUGAAUCCAGGCAACUGGACUUUGUUGAAGACCUUUGAUCUACAAGGCAUCUGCAUUUCCAUAUUUUUAGGUUUGGAGUCUCCUUGGUUAUAUUUAAUGUUGUUGCAGGAUGUGGCUGGUGAAUGAUCAUCACCCAUACCAACCGGUCGUUCGCUUUCCUUGUGGCAAAACAGCUUGUUCAUCAAUGAUGAGUUCCGGCAGAAUAAGACAAUGUUUGGGGGGAGGAGAGUCAAGACAUUGUUAUAACCGGAUGAUGGGUGAUGCCUCAAACUGUUUGCUAAAAGAAUCAGUACUGAAGAAGCUUUUUGGAUUUUGGGUGACACAGCAACAAACAAGAAAAAGUUCAGUUGUCUCAAUUGAACCUUUGUGAUGCAGGUAAAAUAUCCUUCUCUUACCAAGUGUGCACACGCCAUCCCUGUUGGUUAAAAGCAUCACCAAGCUGCCAUGGCUAUUGAGCAUUGUGCUUUUAUUUUUUUUCUGUCCGCCUGUUUGCCUUACUGGGAGAUGCAGACAACCUCCAAACAUCGGGCGUGCAUACGAAUGCAGUUGGCCUGUUUAUUUCUUUCUUGAGGGAGGUUGUCGCAGUGGCUGCCUCGGAAACAAAAAAAAUAAAAAAAGAGAGAGCCCCCGGGCCGACGUUGUGGCGCUAACGUCUUCUCUUUGCGUGUGAAUUUGUGCCAUUUGUUUUUCCUUUUAUGUUCCAGUGACAUUUAUUACAUAUUUUAAUGUCUUUUUAAUGUACAGUAUUUGAUUGUUCUGCUUUUUAUUGUACAACUGCAACCCUGGCCCACCCCCAACUCUUACUGUUGUUGUUGUUGCAUCGUAACUAUAUAUAUAUAUAUAUAUUUUCCCCAUUGUGUUUUCAUGUUGCAACUUGGAGGCAUGUUGUGGACUUUUUUGUCAAAAGUUAAAAAAAAAAAAAGAAUGUUGUUCAAGUCCACAUGCCCAUUUGCUAUGAUUGUCAAAUAUGAAUGUGUUGCAGCUCUAAAGGUGAUAUUUUUGUUAAUGAAGAAAUUUGAACGAUGUAACUGAGGUUUAGUUUUAAAAUAGAUAUUUUUCUAAGAGAGAAGAAAAUAUAAAGAUAUAUACGACAGAUUUUAAAAGAUGGCCCUGUCCCUUAACAUGAAGCACGAUGUCACUGCCUCUCACCAUGUGUAUUUAUGUUUUAUAAAUCGUAUAAAGCACGAAAUAUGGCAAACUCAAUGUAUGUGUGUAACUAUGCCUAUGUUACAAGGUUGUGGGGAUGCCUUUUGUUUUGUCUGAUAUUUAUCUGUGAGGUCUGACCCAAAGCUACUGACACCGCCACUUCAACUACAAAAUGGAAAUUAAAAAAAAAAAAAAGUACAGUUGACUGAAAUCACUGUUGCAUUUACACAAUGUUAUCUACAAUUCUUGCAUAUAUGGCCUACAAUAAACAAACUAUAUUGUUCAAUAAUGAACUGAAAUGUAGAGUUGAAGGACAAAUAUAUAAAAGUUUACAAAAAGAGGUUUUAUUUUGAAUAAAUAAAAACAAAUACCAUCCAAAUAAUAGCAAAAUGCUUGUAUCGUUUUCUGUUUCUGUGGCUCCUGGUGCUCAGAGAAUGGGUGGACCUCACUUUUUGGACAGCUGAUUAAGGAACUAUUUCGAGAUGCCUUUUUUUUUUCUUCUCCAAAAUGCAAAUGUGAUGAGAAUAUGUUCCGGUUUGUCAGAAUAGGGAUAAAACAUAUUCACGAGUUCUCAUGUACAUAGUUUUUUUUCCCUUCUUUGUGGUGCUGCUUCACAAUCAUGACGGGAAACAAAGGCAGUUUCAUGACGUACAGCACCACCGUUUACAUUGACUCCAGAAUUAAUGGACAGAGUAGUGAAUUCCAUGCAGCUAAAUCUCUGGAAAUAUAUGAAUCACCUUUGUCAUUCCAUCGUGAUGGUAAUCAUUGUUGAUAGUUGAUAAUAUUCAAUGCAACGUUGAAUGUGUGAAUGACACCUCAGAGGCCCUUGCACUGAACACACAUCCAUUCUUUUCUUCCCUGUCUGGAUUUCUUUUGAUGAAUAUGACACAAUCAACCUUGCUCGUACUGUAUAACGGCUGUGAUAGCAUCAACUGAACAAGAGUCGCUUCUAUUUUUCUAUGAUCAGGUGAAUGUUUGCAAUGUGUUUGCAUUAUUCCGCACAAACCACAUAUCCGCUCAGCCAUCUUUUCUUUGGUAUGAAAUGCAAUACUUGAGAUGCUCUUGGAUGAACAUAAUGUAGCAAAUAUUAGUCAGGGGUUAUAAACUGACUGCUACUAUACUGUAUGUCCAGUGUGAUGAUGUAUUGCUAUAAAAAAAAAAAAAAACUUGGUUCCAAUAUCCUCACAAACGUACUGCAACAUUUAUUUUUCAUGGAAAAUGUUAUGAUCUUUCAUUUUCAUUUCCCUUAGGUUACACAUGUGUAUCAGUGUUUCAUCUUUUUUUGCCAUAUAAUCACAAUGUAUUUUUUAAAAUAAUUUUUGCUGCAAACUUUAUGAUUGUCACGUAACAUAACGAGACAUACACAGUACAUUGAGGUUACACCAGUGAAAGAGCCAAAGAUAUCUUGUUGGAUAUGUGACAACUUAUAUUAUUGUACUUAUAUUUACAGAUAGAGUACAUAUUGACAACAGGGUGCUAUAAUAUUAUUCUCUGCAUAUAUAAUGUCAGAUAUUUUUUUGACAUUUAUACUUUAUUUUUGUAAUCUUAACAUCAGGUUUAUACCUGAAUGGGAACAAAGUAUGUGACAAAUCUAUUCACCUUCUGCUGUCUAAGCAUCUCUAUAUAUAAAGAAAAAAAAAUGAAAAAAAAAAAAUCAAUAAACUUAAUGUCCACACAACACUAUCUCAGAUCCUUAACUGAAUUAAGUGAUGUGAAUUUUCCUGUGGAUCAACAAAGUAUCAACCUAACCGUCUAUGAUUGCUUAAACCAAAUGCAUUUAACUUGUAAAGGAAGUACAGUAAUAAACACUACGUAUAUC